AUGUUAGUUCUGCUCGGAUUGGAUUGGGAAUACGAGGUGAUCACAUCUACGGUAGCCGACGAAUACCUCAUCAGACGUAUUCAACCAUCCGAUAUCCCCAUAAUAGCCCAAAUAGCCGCAACAGAAUACUUCGACUCAGAACUAAACAGCUAUCUGUGUCCACAUCGACACGAAUACCCUGACCAUGUCACUCGCCGCUUUAUUCAGAUGAUUCAUGGCCGCUACCUUAAUCCACGAAGCAUCGGGUUCGUCGCAAUAGCGAACCCGGGAUCAGGAUCAGAUCAAACCCCAAUGGGCUACGCCCAAUUCAUCCGACUAGGUGAAGAUGCAUCAGCUAGAGAAUUGAUCUCAUCUCAAUCCUCAUUAUUCCGGACUCUGGAAACAUGGUGGUUCAAAUCAUACACCAUGGUGUUAAGGAUCAUAUCUCCAGAUCGCUCAUUGGAUCAUAAGGCUUUGUCUACUUUCCUCGCAUCUUGCAAAAAAGAUGAAGAGAUAUACUGGGAGAACCCAGACAUGAAGAUCAAGUACGGGAAUAGAUGGCACGCGCAGAGCGUGGUUGUUUCGUCCAAGUAUCAGCGCAAGGGUAUCGGGCGCAGACUUAUGCACGAGGCUCUCUCUAGGGCGAGGAGUGAGGGCGUUCCGGUUGGGUUGGAGGCUAGUAUAGAUGGGGAACAGCUUUAUCGGAGCUUGGGGUUUGUGUUGAGGGGUUCGUUCUCUAUGACUUUGGGAUUGUCGGGUGGUGGGAUUAUGAUGUGGGUACCGGAGUGA